AAUACAAAAUCUAACAAAUAAACGAGUCCGUUUGUCAUCGGUGGCUGAUUUUUAAAAUGGCGGAAGGAAGGAGCUUCGAAUGAGAGCAUCCUGUGUGCUGUGACCAGUUCUGGAACAAUGGAUACGAAUAAAUACCACGUCAUCAGUCAUUAAACAUUUCUUGAAUUAUUUGAAAAGCUAAAACCUGGAAAACGGCACAAUGUGUUCAAUUCCUGGACUCCCUUCACCUGGCUCAAAUGUGAAUGUGAUCAUCUCCAGAGUAAAUGUCAACCCUCUCUGUGUUCUGGUAGAGUUUUGGGGAAAUUUUGUCUCGGAUCAGAAACUUGCAUAUCAACAGAUGAAAAAAGAUAUUCAGUACCCCAGAGUAGCAUUUAAUGAAGGGGAAGGCAAACCUGGUGACUUAUGUCUUGUACGGGUUUAUAAAACAUGGUACAGAGCCCGUAUUGUGUCAAGAACUGAUGCUCACUACAAUGUGUUUCUCAUCGACGAAGGCAGAACGCUUCGGGCUCAAACCAGCGUUUUGGCUUGGGGCCAGACUGACUUUUUCAACCUACCUCCUGAAGUAGAAUUUUGCAUACUUUCCAAUGUCCUGCCACUGUCUACUGAAAAUAGAUGGUCAAAAUUGGCCUUGGGGUUCAUGAAAUCAUUCUGUGGGAGAGCAGUUACUGCCUGUGUUCUGGAUUUUGCCAUACCUCAGCGUACAUUUCUACUCGAUAUUCCAUGUCUGUCUAGGCAAAUGCACGAGAUGGGAUUUGCAAAGAAAUUGUCAAAUGAAGAGUUCAAAGAUUUUGUUUCAAGGACUUUACAUUGGGAUGCUGGCUUCGUUGAGCCGUUGAGGAUUACAUCCAUGGGAUUCGAACCACUUGAACCAGUCAAGAUCAUGUGCUACAUGUAUCCAGAGCUACAGGCUGAAACCACUGAGACUGUGCUAGUCACAGAGAUAAACAGUCCUCUACGUGUCUUCUGUCAGCUAAAGGUUUUCUCCCAGGAACUCAAGAAACUGACCGAUCAGAUAACUCUGCAUUAUGAAAGAACCAUUUCAUCUCCUUUUGCAAGACCUGAGAACUUGGGGGCUCCUUGUGCAUCAAAAGGAGCUGAUGGAAAGUGGUAUCGCUCUGUUUUGCAGCAAGUCAUAUCCACCAACAAUGUAAUGGAGGUGCUGCAUGUGGAUUAUGGUAAGAAACAAUUUGUUCAAGUAGAUCAUGUUCGACCAUUGGCCCCAGAAUUUUUCCGGAUGCCUGUUGUGACUUAUGUUUGUUCUCUUCAUGGGGUUGUUGAUCGAGGUGUUGGUUGGACAGUUUCACAGGUUGAUUAUCUGAAAUCCUUACUGCUCAACAGAACCGUUAUUGCCAAAUUUGAGUUUCAAAGCCACUGUGAGGGUGUCCACUAUGUUACACUGUAUGGUGAUGAAAACACUAAUAUAAACAAAUUAUUUGGUUCAAGAGAGAACUGCUCGAUUGAUUCAGUGUGCCUUAAAGGUUAUACCUUACCCAAGAUUGGAGCAUGUCAUAUGUGCCAGAUUUCAGGUAAAGGUGAAACUCAAGGAACAGAGGGUUUGAAAGAGAUUUUAACAGAAUGUCUCUCACCUAAUACUGACUAUGUGGCUGUUGUGCAGCAUGUUGAUAGCCCUACAAAGUUUUGGAUCCAGACACAGAAAUAUGCUGCUGAGUUUGAACUGUUAAUGCAUGGCCUUACAGAGCUGUAUAGUAAUCACACCAGAGCCACUGGAUUGAUAAGAAAGCCUGUACCUGGUCUUCUUUGUGUGGCCAAAGCUGAAGAUGGUGUGUUCUAUAGGGCAACUAUUUGUGAAGUUGUUGAGACGAAGGCUGAGGUUUUCUUUUUCGACUAUGGAAACAAAGAAUGGGUUGAGUGCAUCAGCCUUCGAGAGUUACCCCUCGGAUAUCAAAGCAUACCAGCCUUGGCAAUUAAGUGUGCUCUUUACGGCAUUCAACCCCGAAGUAAAGAAUGGGAUCUAAAUGCUACAUUAUUCUUUGCUAAAGCUGUUGUGGACAAAGCCCUUGAUGUACAUGUAGUCGCAAAAUCCCAAGACAGAUAUCUUGUCCAGGUUACCGAUUCUGUGUCAUGUGGGGAAAAAGAUGUUUCAAAGCUGCUCUGUAGUGAAGGUUUUGCAGACAUGGAAAAUGUGGAUAAAUCUGUGGUCACACCAUACACAAAACUGGUAAAGACUUCUGACGUGUUCAAGACAGGUGCUGUUUCACAGUCAUCCAGUUCUGCUUUCAAGGAGUACUUGUUUCCAAUUGGAAGCUCAUUUGAUGUUACAGUAUCCUACAUUGGGAGUCCAAAUGACUUUUGGUGUCAGAAAGCUAGUGAUUCAAAAUGCCUUAAACUGCUAAUGCAAGACCUUCAACGGUACUAUGCAAACUCUGAAUUUCAGCCUCCUUUAGAAGCUGCCUGUGUUGCUUAUCAUCCUGAAAAUAAAUUGUGGUAUCGAGCUUUGGUCCUCCAAAAGCACCAGACGUCUAACGUAACUGUGCUCUUUGUUGAUUAUGGAGAAACAAAGACCGUUCCCAUUUAUGACCUUCGUCGCAUUGAUCCAGAAUUCCUUCAGCUGACAGGACAAGCUUUUCGAUGCUGCUUGUACAACUUGAGCUGUCCGGUCUCUCAUUCUUCUUUAGUAUGGAGUCCAGAUGCUAUGUUGCAGUUUCGUGAGUUUGUGGACAAAGCAGCCUCAUUGAGUAUAGUGCUGAAAUGUACUGUAUAUGCUGUGAUGUGUGACACUCGGAAAGUUAUGUUCAAUGUAGUGGAUUUGGAGAGUCCAUUCCAAAGCAUCUGCAAACUUCUUGUUCAGAGAGAUCGGUCUGAGCACGCAUGUAAAACAGUAUCUCUGCCACCUUUAAGGUUGGAUACAUACUACUACUCUUCUCAUGGCAUCAAAACUGGAUCUGAAGAUGAUGUAUGCAUCACCUAUGUGAAAAAUGUCAACCACUUCUUUUGUCAUCUGUCAAGAAAUUCUGUGCAGAUUGAUAAACUUGCAGAUAAAGUCAACAGCUUAUGCAGGGACCUACAGAGCAUUAAAUGCCCAGAAACCUUUGGAAAUGUUUGCUUUGCAAAAUAUACCGAUGGGCUGUGGUACAGAGGACAAUUCAAAACUAGAAGUCCUUCGGUUGUCAUCCACUUUGUGGAUUAUGGUGACACACAGCAAGUUCAGAAAUCAGACCUCCUACCAGUUCCAGUUGAAGCUGCUGAAAUCAUGACAAUACCUGUGCAAGCAGUUGAGUGUGGGCUUUCUGAUUUGCCUGAAAACGUUCCAAGUGAUGUGAAUAACUGGUUUAAAACUUUUGUAGCAAAUCGCAAGCUCAAAGCCCUGAUAGUGGCCAAAGAACCUUCUGGAAAAUUAAUUGUUGAGCUGUAUGAUGGGAAAACACCAGUGAACGCUAUAAUCCGAGAGAAGUUUCAAAUUGAAUUUGAGAGAAACAAGCAAAUUACUAUGGAGGAGCUUGAUGUCAAGGAGCAAUAUCAGUCAUACAGUUUGUCUGAAAAGCGAAAAGCACCACAGUGGACUCCUGAAAAACACUGGAAAUCUCAGAAAAAUGCUGACCCAGAAGAAUGCUCACGAAAGUUGUUUGAUGGAGACAUAAAAAAAAAUGUCACCCCAAUAAUAUUGAAGCACAGUGUCAAAGCAACUAUCCCUAAACUGAACGAGCUCCCUGAAAAAGUACUCAAACCAGGAUUGGAAGCUGAAGUAUUCAUCUCCCAUUGCAAUAGCUAUUUAAGCUUCUUUGUCCAAUUAGUAGCUGAUGAAAGUGACAUUUGUUCUCUGGUAGAAAAAUUGAAUGAAGAUCAGUCAAAACAUGUACCUGUUAACCCUGGUGACCUCUGUGAAGGUGACUUAGUUUGUGCAGAGUACCCUGAUGAUAACGCAUGGUACCGUGCCGUCGUAAGAAAAGCACUGGUGGAUGACACGGCUGAUGUAGAAUUCAUUGACUUCGGAAAUACUGCUGAAGUUUCAGUCUCAAAAAUAUGCAUCCUGGAAAAAAUAUUCUUCAAGCCAAGGUAUAGCAUUCAUUGCUCGCUGACUGGAGAGUUAACUGAUGACAGUGAUGCGGCCUCUAAUUUCAAAACUGAAAUGGAAAAGAAUGCUGAUAGGUUUUUCUGUAAAUUUAUCCAGCAGUCAGAUUCUGUAUGGAAGGUUGAACUUCGAGUCAAUGGUGAGGUGCUGGUGCCUGCUGUCUCCAAAAAUACAAACGUCUUAACUGUAAGGGGUGUACCCGAGAGCCAAGAUACUGACUUCAAUCUGUGUACUUAUAAAAAUCCUGAUGUAUCGACUGGACAGGUCAUUUCUGUAUACGCCUCAGUCAUUAUUGGCCCACAGCUUUUCUGGUGCCAGUAUGCAGAGGCAGAAAAGCUGCAGGAGAUUUCUGAUGUAAUCCAAAAGAUUGGUAGUAAUUUGGAAAGCAGAGAUGUAGAAACCCUACCGAUUGGAAGUGGAUGCAUUGCUCUUUUUGAUGAGGACAAACUAUAUUAUCGUGCAAAGGUGACCUCGGUUGGGAAGGACACACUCUCUGUUCUGUUUGUUGACUAUGGAAAUCAUUCAGAAGUUAAAAGGAGUGACAUUAGAUCACUGCCAUUUGAGGCAUGUGAUAUACCUCCUCAGGCAUUUGCCUGCCAGCUUGAUGGUUUUAAUGUUUUGGAGGGGUCUUGGGAUGACAAGGCAGCAGAUCAGUUCUCUGAGCUUAUCAAUGACCAGCUAUUAAAAGUCACAAUUUUGAAACUAGCCAGUUCAUCUGAAAUGGUGACUCCUCAUUUUGUUAAGUUGGAACGCGAGGAACUUUCCAUCAAUGAUGCAAUGAAAAGAUUCUGGACUCAAAACAGCAAGACAUCGUUUGAAUUGGCAAAUGCACCAUCUGCGACUAUCGUGACUGAAACGUCCUCUGUCUGUGUAACUGGACCUGUAGUCAGAACCGAGGACCCCCUUUGUGUAGACAUGGAGUAUCUGCACAAUUCUCCACUUAAAAUGCAGUCAGAAAGUGAUGGCACUUUGGCUGAGCAUGUGGACCAAGCUGGAUCCACAGAGUUACUGGAUGAAAGAAAUGUUGAUGUGGGCAAGAUGUUUUCUCAGGAUGAUCACAACUUGACUUCAGUAUGCAUUGAAAAGCCUGAGAAGUAUGAUGAAAGUAUCAAUGUGAAGAAAUGUACAAAUGUAAAUACAGAUACUUUGGACAUUCAACACAGUCUGCCUGCAGAUGUUCAUUCAGAGCGCCACUUGGACUCCACAGACACUAGUAAUGGAGCAUUCACAGGUUCUCUGGAACAUGAGACCCAACUGGAAACUGCAUCUCCAGAAGGUCCGUCCUGUAAUGAGGUCUGUGAAAAUAGAUCAGUUUCAGAACCUGAAGAGAAUAAGACCACAGUGUCUGAUAACGAGAUUAUUAAAUCAGACUUGGGAAACAUAAGGAGGGCUGCAGAGGACAUUGCUGUUGGGACUGAAUGUGUGAUCUGGUCUUACGUACACAAGCGUUGGUGCCGUGCGAGAACUUUAAAGAUUUCUGAUGAUUACACUUUGGUACUCCUUUUGGACCACGAUUUUAUGGUGAUGGUGGAUUCAAUGAACGUUUUUGAAAUUGUACCACAAGAAUCAUUGCAGGCUGAAAAGAAAACUGAGCUUGGAUGUAAAAUCUGUGUUGCUUUUGAAGAUCCAUCUGAUGAUGAAGAACUUAGUGCUGGGAUGAAUGUAGUCAUCACUGAGGAACAGACUCAAGGCAAAGAGCUUGACCCCUUUUUAGGUGACUCGGUUUCUGAAUCUGAAAUUUUAACAGAAAAUUUGCAAGACGAUCCAAAACAAUGUGCAGAUUUAGACCUUAAUACUCCUCAGGAAAUGAGUCAAUUGUUUGUUGCAGAUGUUUUACAUGAACGUGCGACUAAGACAUGUGAGCAGGUGGAUGAACUGAUAGAUAUCAUACCAGUCGUACCACUGGAGAGGGACCAAGAGGCAGAAUCUGAGGCAAACACUGAUCUGGAUAACUUGGGUGUAAAGGCACAGGAAGAGGCUGAAGAAGCAGUGCAUAAUGUUGUUGAAUGUUUUUCCUCUCAAGAACCUACUGAAUUUGAACAACCUACUGCUUCGGUGGAUCUCAUCACUCAGGAAACUGAGGAACAGCCUCAAGACAAAGAGCGUGGCUCCUGUUUAGGUGACUUGGUGGCAGAACCUGAAAGACUGAUGCAACAAGAUGUGAUGCCAGGUCCAGACUCAGACAUUGAGAAUCCCCAGGAAAUGAGCAAGAUGUCCAUUACAGAUGUUACAGUUGAGCAAAAUGAACCAGCCAUGGAAGCGAGUCCAGCAGUAGAAGCAGCACAAGAUUUAGGCAGUGCUGUGGAAGUCCAGAUUAAAGCCAAGAUGGUGGAGACGGAACUUCUUGCUGAUGAGGCAGUGUCUUCUGACUUUCAGACACCACCUGAUGCAGAGGAGCCAACAGCUUCAACUGUCACACAUCUGUCCCUUAACUUUGAGGACACAUCUGACGAUAUCAUCUUUGUGAAACAGUGGCAGGGUUCACCAACCGUGGGGGAGGAGCCCAGUAGCCAAGAUUAGCUGCACCUUUAUUACUUCAUUGAAAAAAAAUACUGUUUAACCAGUUAUUUGUUCUGACUGCCUCCACUUUAGUACUUAAGCCCAGAAUUUUUGUGGUGUUCUACUUUUCUUCUCUGAAACGGAUUUAUUUUUUCUUUCAUUGUUUUGUGUUUCUUGAUAUUGAGAUGUCCAGAACAAUGUUACGUAAUAUCCAACGUUACAUUCGUUAUGGUUGUGUUUUAUUGUUUUGGGUUGUUUAAUUGUGAAGCGCAAGUGUAACCUUAUGCUACAAUUUG